AUGGAUGGAUAUACGCGAAAGGACCCCGGCACGGGUCCUUCAACGCAAAAGCUCAAAGACUCUUGUGAUAUGUGCUCAGCUUCCAAAAUUCGUUGCGAUAAGCAGAAACCGAGGUGCGGCCGUUGUAUCAAACUCAACUAUCCAUGUUUCUAUAGUCCGGCACGUCGCAUGGGCAAUUCCCACCGCCGCAAGGCUAAUACCACCACUGCUGCUACUACAUCACCGCACCCGGAUCGGUAUCUAACUCUUCAGCCUAGAACAACUGUCAACGGAUUGGCCGCCUCUUCUGUGACAAAAGAGGAGAAACAAAAAAGGCCGAUAAUACCACAAACUCUGGCGCCCACGACGUCGGCUGCCAAUACGUCCUCUGGCUGGUAUCAAAUUGUUGAGAGCGUAACGCCUACUCCGGAUAUUUCUCAGAGUCAAGCGCUUGAUACUAGACACAUAUCUAACAACACGACCGUAUCAUCGACAUCUACGAACCUCACAGCUCAGGAAUACGGUUUAGAAAAUAUCAAUAUGAACUUCAACAACGAGCCCGAAAUCCACGAUUGUCAGGACUGUGCCGUAGCGGCCAUGAAUCUGCUCCUAAGGCUAGAAGGAACCAAAGUUAAACUCCAUAACGGCCAAGGUGCGUGUGUCAACGGUGUUGUUCCGGAGUAUAAAAUAUCAACGUCAAUAACGGACGCGGCAAUCGAGACAGUGGCAGCAGCAAGCAAGUCCUUAUCAGCAAUCCUUGUAUGCCCUUGUUCCGAAGACGCGGAUGUUGGGCUCUUGACUGCUGCAGUUUGCCUUUCGAUGCUGGAUAUUUAUAACACAAUUAUCGGCAGUAUAGCAUACUCCCCCGACGAAUCGCAAUGGCCAAGACAACAGUCGCCCUCUCUGUCUAAUUUGAUGUCAUCCCUGGAAGACUAUCAUCCUGCUUUUGGCUCCAUAAACGAAAUGACGACAACGAUGACGACGGCGACAGCGACAGCGACAACUUCAACCUCUUCUCCUUCUUCCAAUGGGUCUCUCCAAAAGAAAGAUGUCGCCGCCGUCCGCGUACUUGUGGAAUUGACCAAGGUUGCUCGGAUCUGUCUACAUUUCACGAAACGGUAUUGGGACUGUGAAGGGAGCAAUAAUCAUGAAAACAAAAAUGGCAACGGCAAUAAUGAUGGUGACAGAAGCAACAAUAACGACAAUAAUAAUACAGAUUUCCUGCACGCCCUUGCAAACCUCCUCCGGUCGAGGUUGCAGUCUAUCACGGCGGAUGCUGUAGUCUGA